GUGCCUUCCUUGGCUCUGCUUUUCCUCAAAGCACUCGCCCUUCCCUUCCAUUCCAGGUCUUUCCGGCCCUCUGGCUGUUGCCGGUCCCCCCCCGCCUCUCCCCGGCUCCCAUCCAAUCUCUUGCCAUCACUCCCACGUUUGCCGGCCUCAUCCGCCGCCCCGCCGUGCCAGACAUUUUAUCCGUUGCCGAGUGUCUGCGGCUCCCAUUCCCCGUUCAAGCCUGCCUGGCGCUCGCUCCUCCAGCCGACCCUCCUUCGUCUGGAGUCUAUCCUACUUCCGCCAGCUACUCCUCGACCUUCUCUUGCCCGAUCUUUCUGCCGUCAAUGGACGCCGAUCGAGAAAAGAGCAUGAAAAAAUACCUCCAGCUCCUCAGAAAGGCCAUUCGAGUCAAGACAAAGGAGCUCAAGAGGCUGCAGACCCAGCACCUCAGUCCUCUUCCUAUUUCGCUGUCUGGCGAUGAGGGCUCCGCUUCGGCACACAACCCUGUUGCCAACACCGGCCAGCGGUCGCUGGCGAUACGAUCGGAUAGGGCGCCGACCCGGUCGUCUGCGCUGGUGACUAUCCAGCCCAGACCAGCCGGCGCAGAGUCGCUGCAGAGCAGAUCCAGUUUGCAGCCCGAGCCAAGGCCGCCACCCGCCCGCAGCGCCUCGGGCUCAACGCCCCCGUCGCGAGAAGCAUACGACCUGGCUCCAAGCGGCCCCCAGCACGACUGGAAAUCGCCCUCGAGCCCGUUCUAUCUCCCUCACGAGACCCGGCGGGUCUACUUUCAAUACUUUUUCGAGCAAGUCACCCCGCGAUGUCUGCCCUGCGCGUUGAUCCGCCCCAAGGAGCUCGACAGCUUCAUCGAAGCCUGUCCCAACCACCUCCAGUGCAUGAUCGUGUCCCUGGGCAUCUGGUUCAGCCACACACUCCCGCAGGGUCGCACAGCGUUUAUCCAUCCUUUCGGCCCCCGCCAUGAGGGCCUCUGGGAGCGCUUCCAGAUCAUCUACAGCGACAAGGCCCGGCGCUAUGCCCUCGAGGAGCUGGACCGCCCAAGCUUUCCGCUCCUGCAGUGCUUUCUCCUUCUGGCUCAUCAUGCCCACUUAAUGGAUCAGCGGCGAAAGGCCAUCUACUACGUCGAUGUCGCGGCCCGGCUCGUCUGGCAGCUGCACCACAUUCACUUUGGCAAGACUGCAGCUUCAGCACAAGCCGAUUGCACUGGGUCUUCCCGACCCGGUGCCUCAUCUCACAGCGGAGAGGAGCUCGAGAUUCUGCGCCGGAGCUUCUACCACUGCACUCUUCUGGAGCUCAAGCUCAAAAGCAGCUGCUACGGGCCAUAUGUCAGCGUCAACUGGAACGGCUACGGCUCGAGCCUCGGUCAGCUUGAACAUCUUGUCACUUCGGCGAGCGAGCGUCGUCUCAGCGAGCCGCCGUCGAUAUACGAACACAUGGACCAGCUGGUGUUCUUGCAAGAGAUAUUCUACGAAGCCACUCCGUUCCUCUCUAUCUACAACAACGGCCCUCCACAGCUCUGUCCAGACGCCAACGCGCAGAUGGGCUACAUCCAAAAGUACCACCGAUGGAGAGAGUCGCGCGCCGAGAAGCUCUGGCUUUGGUUCGACGGCUUGCCCGCCUGGGUGCGCGACCUAGCUGCUGCCGCAAGACAGCGAUUGCGCUUACCGGCCCCAAAGGACGUUGGCGGAACUGUGGACAGUUUGAGUCUGUUGAUUGCCUUUUACUGCACCGUUUUGUGCGUCGAAUAUCCGCGCAUGAUCGAAGAACUCUGGACCAGCCCGUACGCGGACGCGGGCUCGCUGCCAACCUACCGCCGAUGUCAAAUGUAUCGCGAGUCGAUCGAGAGCCUGAUCCUGGCCUGCGACUCUGUCGAUCCGACCCUGGAGGCCGUUAAUAUUGGAACGGUAGUCCCAUUCAUCACCAUCUGGACCACAACGCUCUUUAUCCACAUGGCAAUGGAGCCAGAGAGCAGCUACAGCCAUCAAAUAAGUCUUGAGGACCUCAAGGCUCUGACGGAUCCCAAAGACAGCAACGAAAUCCAGCCCAGCGAUCAUCCGUUUGUUCGAUACAUCAAGCUGCUGCGGUCCGUGCGCCCCAUCCAGCGGCUGUCGAGGGCAACGUAUCGGUGCUGCAUCGACGCCAAGAUGCGCCGGCUGGUUCGUGUCCGCGACAUCAAUACCCCCAAUCUGCGUACGAUGCUCAAGCACUUUGGCUCCUCCAACAACCCGGCUGGCCCCAACUCGAUGCUGACGGCCCUUGGACCGUGGCUGCCCCGGGACUACCUCGAGCUCUGCGGCAGCGAUGGCGCUACGAGUCCCCAGCGAUAUUAGGGACCCGCUGCGGGUCCUCCCGUUGCAGUGAUUGCAUCGCCGAGGUUGCUAUUUUUGGGGAGGGGAGGGGAUACACCACUUCUGAAUCAUUUCAUGGUGCAAAGCGAGCCGGGUCGCACGUUCUGGAAUCGAUUGCAUGCUGCUUUUCUGCUCUUCUGGUACAUGAAUACAUGAAUACAUGCAUGUUCCUGCGCCCG